GAAUGGUCUAUUGAACGUUGCUGCCGCCCAACCCCUACGAGAGCAAUUUGCUCGCUACAUAAUGGGGAUGGCUCUGGAUUGUGCUCUCUUUGGCCUCUGUGAUGUGGACGAUCGACAGGCUAUCAGGCAACGCUGUCAAGUUGGUGCAUGGUUGGAACGUGCUCGGCAAUGCUACCCGCCAGCACUGGGGUAUUAUGGUCCGCGGGAUCACUUCGCGUACCUAUCUGUUCUUUGUCCUCCGGAGGAUGGGUGGCCUUGGCCGGAAUUUUCUACUUGUUUUUCUGAUUUGCCUUUCGACGCGCUACCUGAUAGGUAUGAGCAAUUUGAACCAAAAGAGAUCCCUGUGAAAGCUCGAGCAGUCUUUGUUCCAGCCAUUCUUGUGGAAAAAGAGGACCCUGAUAGCGAUUUGGAUGCUUACGCAAAUGUGUUUGCCACGACUACAACUACAGGUACGGCUACACCUAACAUUGCUACAGUCCCAGCUCCAGCUCCAAAUGUUGCUACUCCAAGUCCACCGAAAGAAGCUCCACUUCCAACGGUGCGGCAAUCGGCCUCCUCACCUUCCAUUCCACAAGACAUCCUCGAUGCCAUGCAAAAAGUGAGGGCUUUCCAAGAACUAAUUGUUCAUGGUACAUCUGCGGGCACACCUGCUAAUCCAGUUGACUUGGUCGCUGGUGAUGUGGAGGAGUAUGACAUUUGUCCGAAUGACUUGGCAACUAGGUUUGCUUCUUCCGCAAAUGAUUCUUCUACUGCAGCAGUCAUGCGAGCUGGCAGUAUUGCUGAUCGUCGUCGCUCUAGUUUGGCACAAGGAAUUUGGGGCUGGUCCACAAACAGGUUUGCUGGACCUUGCUGCGAUGCGGAACAACAUGCAGCGCUUGGAGUGCGACAGUCUCGUUUUGUUUCAGCUGAUAAAGCGUCUCUUGCAAGUGUGCAGGCACGUCGGACUUGCAUCCCUUAUUUCCUAAAUGUUGCUCUGGUUCUUGCAAGUUUCUUUCCCCAAGAGGAGCAACCCUAUCUGUGUCUGUCUGAUGAUCGUGUGGUGGCUGCGACUGAUUGGAUGAAAGUGCCGGAACCAACGCAACUCGCCCGUGAUCUCAUUGUGGUAUGGGACCAUGGUCACAAGGAGGCAACGUCGGGUGUCACACGAACAUUGCAUUAUGCACUUCGUUUUUGUGCGGAUAUUGCUGCGGAUUUUCAACAGAUCCCGCUUCAAUAUGAAGCUGAAUUCGACCUGAUAAAUUUUGCAAUGCAUAAAUCGAUCUGUGAUGUGGCGAGAUGGAAGAUGGGUCGGAAAGUACCACCACCCCCUGUCGGUGGUCCAUCUUGGCACAUUUUUCACUUGCUACCCUUGGUAAACUCUACAUAUGGUGGUACAUGUAUUCCUCCUGGGGGACUUCCGAUUGCUGAUGCACAAUUGUUUGGGAAGUAUGUCUACCUUUUGAUGUCGCUGUUUGGUUCCCAAGAAGACGCAACAAUGGAUCAGAUUUAUGGGGGGACUACGACGAUUCGGUAUUUUGGGCAUCUCUGUUUGGCCAAAAUCUGCUACAUUUGUACAAACUCCCUCAGCACACCGCCGUCGUUCGCUUAUGGAGAUGCCGUCCUCGCCAAUGCACUCUCCAGUGGAUGGAAGAUCUAUGUGCUCUGUUUGGGGAGGUUACUGCAAUG